ACUUACUCUCUUGAAUCAAAAUCCAACCUUCAAGAUGGCGGAACUUACGCUAGAUAAUCUUAUGGACGAUGGCAACUACUUGGGCUCAGAGCGAGCGCGCAUGGAGAACCAGGUCAUACUCGAUGAGCUUGAGCGCAAGAAGAAAGCUCGUAGCAUGGCCGUCCCUACCGACGACAACCGCGUCAAGGCGCGUCUUCGCGAGAUAGGGGAGCCUAUCACGCUUUUUGGAGAGCGUGCCGCAGACCGCAGAGAUCGUCUUAUAUAUGUCUUGUCGCAAAUCAAUGCAGCUCGGGGAGAUGACGCGAUAGGUGCGGAUGAAGAGUUAACGGAGGAGAGUGACGAAGAGGAGCAAGAGGAGUUCUACUCUCCUGGGUCUUUUGAACUACUCGAGGCAAGAAGAAAGAUUGCCGAGUUCUCACUCCCGAGAGCUCAAAAACGUAUAGCACAACAGCGAGUCGACAGCAGAAUACCGCUCGGUAGAGUCAUUGACAUUCGGAAGAAGGUCUUCGCGGAAGUCAAGAGAUUCGCCAUCAUGGGUUCCCAAAUUGGAGACGAUCGACCAAUAUCUCAGGUUAGAUUCUCCCCUGAUAGCAAAAUACUAGCCGCUUCUAGCUGGUCGGGGUCUGUCAAACUUUGGAAUGUGCCAGCGUGUACGCCUAUACGGACACUAGUGGGUCAUACCGAUCGUGUUGGCGGAGUAGCAUGGCAUCCUAGAGCAACUCUGUCGCAGAGUGAAAGUGCUGCCAACCUUGUGAGCGGUGCCGGUGAUAUGAGCGUCCAUCUGUGGUCACUGCAAAGCGAUCAACCCUUGGCUAUCAUGAAAGGCCACCAAGAUCGGGUAUGCCGCGUUGCAUUUCAUCCGUCAGGGGAUUACGUGGCAUCGGCCAGUUUCGACACUACGUGGCGGUUGUGGGACGUUGCUACCUCAAAAGAGCUUCUGCUCCAGGAAGGUCACUCCAAAGAGGUGUACGCGGUCGACUUCCAGGAUGAUGGCGCCCUAGUCGCUUCUGGAGGUUUGGAUGCCAUCGGUCGCGUCUGGGACUUGCGAACUGGCCGGACCGCCAUGGUGUUGGACGGCCAUAUACAGGGCAUCUUUGGCAUAUCGUUCUCUCCGAAUGGCUACCAGGUUGCUACUGGCGCCGGCGACGACACAAUCCGUAUAUGGGACAUGCGCUCGCUGAAGGCGCUUUAUACCAUCCCUGCGCAUAAAUCGAACGUUUCCGACGUGCGAUUCUUCCGUAGCGACUUACCACUCCCCACCAUGACUUUCGCGCCGGGAUCUCAAACUGGUGCUCCGAUGGACACUCCUGCUAUGCAGGCGACGAGCGGCGCCCCAACCUCCGACGAACGCCCUCCCCCAAAGUCUGCAAAUGCAGAGCAAGAAUGGAAGUAUCGGUCAGGUCUCUACCUUGCCAGUGCUGGAUACGACGGAUUUGUGCGCAUCUGGAGCGCGGAUGAUUGGCAGCUGCUGCGCACCUUAUCCACAGACAACAGCAAAGUCAUGUCUGUUGACUUCGCCAGCGAUGCACAACUAUUGGCAUCCGGAACCUAUAAUAGGAAUUUCCAGCUAUUCUCAAUGGAAGACACUGUGUUAUGA